UAUUUUAAAAGUUCAGACAGGAAGUCUCGUUAUUCGCUUGCGAGACGUACAGACAUGGAUCGACUGUCAAUAAUUUAUAAAACCCGAGCCAUUUCACUGGGACAGGCGGUUUAAUCAACAGACAGCAUUUAAACUUUUGCCAAACAUGAAGGUCCUGAACAAAGACGAGCUUCAGAUCGCCGAGGGAGUUCUGCAGAAACACUUUCCGAAGAGUUAUAAGACAUACGGCUUCAUAUAUGGGAUAAACCGGAACAAGCCAACUACACUGGAGGUGGUCGUGGACACGUGGCCUGAUUUUAAGGUCAUCAUUUGCCGACCCAACCUCAAGAAUAAGCGUGCGGCAUUGUUCACGAACAAGGUGUCAUAUUACAGUAUGGAUGAUCGGGCUUUGGAGAAAAUGCUGAAAGAAGGGGAUGCUUUUCUCUGGAGCACUAACUUCUGCGUAGGAGGAUUGGACACGGCUCAUUUACCCAUGCUCAAAGAAGCUUCUUCUCACCGAAAAGUCACCUACAGAGCCUACACUCUUGUGCAUCUUCUGUAUUUGCCAGACCCCAACCACCUGCUCAUGCCAUCGAUUGACAGUGAGCUCGAAUCAAGGAUUUCAUGUCUGAACCUCUCACACGUCGAAUUGGUGAAUAAAACCUGGAAGUUUGGAGGGAACGAAAAAAGUUACAAUAUCAUUGAAAACCUAAUCAGCAACUUCCUAACAUGCUGCAUCAUGAAUGACAAGGGAGAGCCAGUGUCCUGGAUCCUGCUGUAUGAUUACUGUGCCAUGGGCAUAUUGUACACUCUGCCAGAGCACAGACAUAAAGGCUACGCCAAAGUGCUGAUCGGCACCAUGGCCAAGAAACUCUACGCUGAAGGUUACCCUCUAUACUGCUACAUAGAGGAGGACAACACGGUAUCCUACAAACUCUUUAAAAGCAUGGGCUUCUUUGAGGACGUGAAUUACCGAGCAGCAUGGUACGAGUUCAACGUUUGACUGGGUUUGAAGACUUUUUAAAAACGUAGAUAACAUUUAAUCAAAAUAACUCAACCAAAUGUAUUUAUGCUUUAAAAAUAAAUCCAAAUUGAAGGCUUUUUUUUUAAGUUUAAUUUAAAGACAUUUUAAACUAAAAGCAAUCACUCUUGUUGUAUUUUUCUGUUUUCUACUAUACAUACAGUACUGUAGUCGCCAUAGAAAUCAUAUAGAGUAUAGUGUACAUUUUAUAAGUUCCCCAAAUCUAAACUGGUCUGGACUGUAGAAAUUUAAGUGAAAGAGGCAUUGAAUGAUUACCAUACAUAAUAUGAUCACCCUAUUUACAGGAGGGAUCCAAAUUAAAUUUAGCUGUAAUUAUUCACACUUUGCUUUCUGUAAGCACUGAAUAAGAUAAGAAGUAACAGUGAGUAAGAAGCAGUAAUUUUCCUAAAAAAAAUUAUAGCAUGGCCAUGUAAUUUUUUUUUUUUUUUACAUAUAUUAUGUACAUGUACAACUUUUUGUGGUCAUCAUUUGUAUAAAAAAUAAACACAACUGUAAUGUACAGCGAUGUAAUGUGAGCAAUGUACAAGUUUUUACUGAUCAUAACUCUCUAUCAUAAAUUUAUGAUUUCAGAUUUAUCUGAAAUAAAGUUGCAACAAGUUGA